AGGUUACCAGUAGCCAACAAGACAGCAACAUGUACAAGCAGGUGCUCGUCGUCCUGGCCGUGGUGGCCGCCUGCCUGGCCGCCCCCGGCCCCAAGCCGGCCCCCGGCCUGCUGGCCAGCUACGUGGCCGCCGCUCCCGUAGCCUACACCGCCCACGCAGUCGCCGCCCCCGUCGCCUACACCGCUGCCGCAGCUCCCGUGGCCUACGCCGCCCCCUACUCUGCUGCCUACGUAGCCCCAUACACUGCUGCCUACAGGGCCGCCAUCUUAGGAUGAACGACAGUCCUAUCGGACUCCUCCACCUUUGUUGAUUUAAUCACCGUGAAUAAAUAUUAUUUCAAGUGA